AUGAUAAUCAAACAAACACGAAAUAUAAUUGUAAGAUUUAUUCAAUUAUAUCCGACUACUUGGCGAUUAUUAGAUGUUCGCUAUGAUGUAUUGAGCAUUCUCAUUGAAGCGGGUGAACUAUCUGAAUUUAAAAAAAAUGAAACCACUCAUUAUUUAAUAUCCAAAUUAGAAAAAAAUGAAAAAAAUGAACUUUCUCAUAAUAUAAAACCAGAUCAGUAUAGUUUAUUACAUGAGGAAUCACUUCAUAUGCCACAAAUAUCUUCGUGGGAAGAAAAUAUAGAAAAUACGAUUAAUAAGGCCUAUCUUGGAUAUUUAUUGGAAUAUUAUUCUAAUAAAGCUGUCAAAAAUAUUAGAUGGAUGAUUACAGUUUGUAAAAUUUUACCAAAGCUAUAUAAAAAGGAUUAUG